AUGGAAGUUCCGGAAUAUUACGGCAACGCCGUGGCGUGCACUGACCGCGAUGUCGUGGCCAAUGCAAUCGAGAAUGGCUACGAGGAUUUUGAGCUGGAAUUCCUGCCUGCAGAGCUGAAUGACAGUGCAGUAUUGCAGAAGCCCGAGGCCGCUCCAAUUGAAGACUUGGGGAUUAGGGUUUAG